UUCCAAGCAUCGUGCCGGAGCGCUUUGGAAACUUUGGGAUUCAGGAUUCAAGGCCACUUUGGACUUUGUCACUCGGUCAUUUUUUUCAGCCAGACAGAAGGGAUUUUUUUUUCUUUUCCGUGUGUUUGCAGCACAGCAGCAUUUAAGGGGAGAAUCAUGCAGUCACCGUCAGCGCGUCGCGUCUUGGCUGUGUAUCUCACGCUGUUUGGAUACCUUGGGGACGUUUACGCGGGUACAGUCCUGAUGAAUUCCAACGCCAUCAAAAACUUGCCCGGAGCUUCGGGCGGCAAAGGUGCCAACACUGUCAGUCCGAGUCCGCGCACCUCACCCCCCGGUAGCAUGGGACACAAAUUACCCGCAGACACCUUGCAGCAAUCGGGUGUUUGCACGGAUGAUGAAGACUGCGGAGGCGAUGAAUUCUGCAACGACGCCCGAGGCGCCUGUCUGCCCUGCCGUAAGAGCCGGAAACGUUGCGCACGGGACUCCAUGUGUUGUGCAGGAAACCGCUGCAGCAAUGGUGUUUGCCAGGCAAAUGAUAUAGAUGGUACAGAGGCAUCCAUCAUCACUGGCUUGCACAAACACAACAGCACCAUGGAGCAUCAAGCCAAGAGGCCUCCCACUGCCCACGGUCAUCAGCCUCAUGCUGUGAAAGGCCAAGAGGGGGACACUUGCCUGAGAUCUGCAGACUGCUCAGAGGGUCUCUGCUGUGCCAGACACUUCUGGUCUCGCAUCUGCAAGCCCGUGCUGACGGAUGGCCAGGUGUGUACGCGCCACCGCAGGAAAGGCACCCACGGCUUGGAGCUGUUCCAGCGCUGUGACUGUGGCGACGGCCUGGCCUGCCGACCAGAGAAAGGAGAGCGAGACCACAGUGUCAGCAGGACUGCAGCCCGGAACCUACACACCUGUCAGAGACGCUGACACAAACACGUGGACACGCACAGAGACAGAAAUGCAAACUCACACACACACACACAC